CUCUCUCUCUCUCUCUGUCUCUCUCUCAAUCACAGAUUUCUCUCAUUCUAACAGACAAAACAGCUUCUGUUUUGGUCGUCUUCCUUUGUCUUUCUCCUCAGCCUGCAAAAUCAGCCAUGGUAAGACCACUUUCCUGUUUUCAAAAUAACCCAAAACCGCUUCUCUCUUUCUCUUUACGGUGGUUUUAGAACUCCCAUCACUUGCGUGAAAGCUUGGAACUUCAAUAUGAAAAGACAAGACCAAAACCGCUUAUGGAGAUGGACAGCUUUGAAAACUUGGAGAAAAUAUGGUUUUGAUAUUAGAAGAGUCCCCCAAACCGCUUCUUUUUUUUUUUUUUUUUUGCAAGAGUUGUUGAUAGGAUGUGGUUUUUAGAUUAGAGAAGCUUAGAGACCACACUUUAGAGGGUGAGUGGUUUUGGGAACUGGUUUUCCAAUCCCACAGACCAAUUUUCUGAAAUACCCAAAAAGCGGUUUUGCGAGGUAGGUGGUUUUAGAACAUCCACUAAUUUCAUGGAAUGGUGGUUUUGAGGUAGGAAGAUUCUCAAGAAAACAGCCUUUUUUCGGUUCUUUUGUUUUGAGAUAACAUCAGACCAAAAACCACUCUCCACAUUUCAAAAUCGGUUUUCCAGAGCCACGAAAACCUUCUUUUUUUUUCGCGAAGACCCAAACCAGUUUUCUGAUAGGCUGAUGGAUUUCUUACAUUUCUCCUCUGUUUUCUGAUAUAUCUGCCCUUCUCCCAAAUGGGUUUUGCUCCUUUUGCUUCCUUUCUUGUUCUGUCAUUGAUUUUCAGGACUUCAGCCUCUCAAGAACCCAACACAGAUGGGUUCUUUCUAUCAGAUUUCAUGCAAAAGAUGGGGUUGAACUCAUCAACCCAAAACCUCUCAGCUCCUGUUUGUUCAUGGAAUGGCGUCACCUGCGACACCCAAGGGGCGAAUGUCAUCAGUCUGGCGAUUUCUGGUUACAGCCUCUCUGGUUUGAUUCCUGAAAACACCAUUGGAAAGCUCAGCAAGCUUCAAUUUCUGGACCUCAGCAGUAACAGAAUCACUGGAUUUUCGUCGGAUUUCUGGGGCCUGGGCAACACUCUCAAGAGUCUCAACCUCUCUUCCAAUCAGAUAAACGGGUCUCUCCCAAACACAAUUGGGAAUUUUGGGCUUUUGGAAUAUCUGAAUCUCAGCCAAAACAUGUUUGGUGGAAGCAUCCCAUCUGAGCUUCUCAAUUGCAAAGCGCUGGUAUCUGUUGAUCUUUCGUCCAACCAAUUGAAUGGGAGUGUCCCGAAUGGUUUCGGGCCCGCCUUUGAGAAUCUCACCAUUUUGAACCUGGCCGGGAAUGCGAUUUCCGGCAGGAUAUUGGAUUUUGAGGGGCUGAAAUCCGUCAGUUAUUUGAAUCUUUCAGGGAAUGAAUUUCAGGGUCCGGUGACAGGCGUGUUUGCAGAAGCAUUGCAGGUCAUAGACCUGAGCCGGAACCGGUUCCAAGGCCACAUCUCUCAGGUACAUUUCAAUUCCAGAUUCAAUUGGAGUGUUUUGGUUUUCGUCGACAUGUCGGAAAAUCAAUUGAGUGGGCAGUUCUUCAAUGGCUUCAACCAAGCUCGAUCGCUCAAGCACCUGAAUUUCGCCCACAACAGAUUUUCUCGGCAGAAAUUUCCGCGCUUGGAAAAUCUCUUCCAACUUGAAUAUCUCAACCUGUCGAAAACUAGCCUCAUUGGCCAUAUUCCAACUGAAAUCUCCCAACUGAGUGGUUUAGCGACGCUUGAUCUUUCACAAAACCAUCUAACGGCCGACAUUCCUCAUCUAAGUAUUGAUGGUCUCCAAGUUCUCGAUCUGUCUCAAAACAAUCUCACUGGUGAAAUCCCGAUGCCAUUACUCGAAAAACUACCUGAAAUGGAGAAGUUCAACUUCUCCUACAACAAUUUGUCUUUGUGUGCAGCAAAAUUCUCACCCGAAACGUUCCGAACUGCAUUUUUCGGUUCACAAGACAACUGCCCAAUUGCUGCAAAUCCCAAUCUGUUGAAGAAGAAGGAUACCAAACAUAGAGGACUGAAGCUUGCAUUGGCUAUAGCUCUAUCAGUCUUCUGUUUUCUUGUGGGGUUGGCUUGCCUUGCAUUCGGGUGCCGGCGGAAAACUAGAAUGUGGGCAGUGAAGCAGCUCUCCUACAAGGAAGAACCAAACAUUUCAGGCCCAUUUUCAUUUCAGACUGAUUUAACCACUUGGGUUGCAGAUGUUAAGGUUGCAACCUCAGUCGCUGUGAUCAUAUUCGACAAACCACUGCUGAAUUUCACAUUUGCAGACCUCUUGUCUGCAACGUCCCACUUUGAUCGAGGGACCUUGUUGGCCGAAGGGAGAUUCGGGCCUGUUUAUAGAGGUUUUCUACCCGGGGCAAUCCACGUAGCUGUAAAAGUUCUAGUCCACGGGUCGACCGUCACCAAUCAGGAGGCCGCGAGAGAGUUUGAACAUGUUGGUCGAAUCAAGCAUCCAAAUCUCGUCCCCUUGGUUGGUUAUUGCUUAGCAGGUGAUCAGAGGAUCGCGCUCUAUGAAUAUAUGGAGAAUGGGAACCUGCAGAAUCUGCUUCAUGAUCUACCAUUGGGAGUGCAAAGAACAGAGGAUUGGAGUACGGAUACAUGGGAAGAAGAAGGCGAUGGGGUCCAAAAUGUUGCAUCCGAAGGCCUAACGACUUGGGCAUUUAGGCAUAAGAUCGCACUUGGCACAGCCCGUGCAUUGGCCUUCCUACACCAUGGAUGCUUCCCUCAGAUAAUUCAUCGAGAUGUGAAGGCUAGUAGCAUUUAUCUCAGUUCAGAAUUGGAGCCUAGAUUAUCCGAUUUUGGAUUGGCGAAGAUUGUUGGGAGUAGUUUGGAGGAGGAGCUCUCUCGUGGGUCCACGGGUUAUUCACCUCCAGAGUUUUCUCAAUUGGACGGCUCAUCUUCCUCCUCAUCUGCAACAUCCAAAUCCGAUGUUUAUGGAUUUGGGGUUGUUCUCUUUGAGCUGAUCACAGGGAAGAAAGUGAUUGGAGAUGAUUAUCCCGACGAGAAGGAUUCAAAUUUAGUGACUUGGGUGAGAAGGCUGGUUAGAAAGAAUCAAAGUACAUGUGCCAUUGAUCCAAAGAUUCGAGGGACGGGAUCAGAGACGCAGAUGGUGGAAGCACUGAGAAUUGGGUAUCUUUGUACUGCCGAUUCGCCGUCAAAGAGGCCGAGCAUGCAGCAGAUUGUUGGGCUUCUGAAAGAUAUUGAACCAAUCUCUGGUCAGUGAAAAUCACUUCUUUUUCAUUGUAUUCAUGUGUUUCCUUUUCCUUUUUCCAAUGGAAAUGUAUAGUGAUUUCAGUAUCUGUUUGAAUUUUGUAGUUUCUUUUCUUUUGAUUUUCAUAGUAGUAUUAAAUCUGAUUUUGCAAAGAUAUAAACAGAUGAUUUGGCAUUGAGGAUUAUCAAAUUCAAAUUUCCUAUUUUUCUUGUA